AUGAGCGAAGCGCUCCGCUUGAGCAACCUCAUGUCGUCGAUCUCGCUCCUUGGCGAAUUGGUGUACUACGUUACGGCCGAGGUCGGCCCGAUCCUGCGCGCGGGCGUCGACUCGAUGAACCCCGCCGGCAUGCGUCAGGGCUACUGCUUGGGUCUUGUCGAGGUCAUCCUGUGCUCGCCUAAGAAACAGCUCAAAGAUUUCGUCGAGAGAUUUGUCGUCGAAGACCCUCUUUGCCACGCACUGCCCGAGGUCCGCCACGCGGCUGGUGAUGCAUUUGUUGUCAUCCACAAGAUUAUGGGCUACCGCUCGACGAGCUCACUCCACGCCCCCUCAAUCGUCAAAUCGCGCGAGGUGCUUCCGUACCUCGCACCGCGACUGCUCACGACGCCAACUGCAUUGACCAACAUCCAAGUGAUCGUCUCCUUCUCGGGUGCAGUGCUGCAUUGCGACAUGGACUACCUCCGCAAAUCAGCACGUUCAAUCCCUCUCUAUCACUAG